AGAAACGCGAGGGCCUAAUCUGUCACAUUUGACUGACAUGCAGUCACCAGAAGGCCUUUCUUUUAUUGGGUAGGCCUACUUUCUGAAAAUCAUAAAUCAUAAUAUACAAGAUGAUGAGGUCUACUUUAAUCAUCUUAGCUUUGUUCUCAUUGAACACGUCUGCCCAGCCCAUUGUAAGACUACAUGAAGGAUUAAUUGAGGGAAAGACAGUCUUAUUUAAUGAGCGAAAUAUCAGUCAACUCGUCGAUGUCUUUCUGGGGGUUCCAUUUGCCGAACCGCCUAUACGUUUUGGUGCACCGGUCCCUAAGACUCCAUGGAGCGGCGUCCUGGACACCACAUCCUUCAAACCAGCUUGUAUGCAAACACGAAAGAAAGCAUUACCCAAUGUAGAUGAAGAUUGUCUCUACUUGAAUGUGUAUUCCCCAAACCCUAAGCCCAGCCAAGCUGCAGUACUUGUUUAUAUACAUGGUGGGACAUUCAGAGCCGGUACAGCAAUGAGACCCCACUCCUAUGGAGUUCCAUUGGUUGCCGUCGGGAAUGUUAUUCUGGUCACCAUCAAUUACAGACUCGGCAUAUUCUCAAGAUUUUCAACAGGGACCUAUGAGGCACGUGGUAACUAUGGAAUGCUAGAUCAGGUAGAAGCGUUGCGAUGGAUACAACGGAAUAUUGGAGCUUUUGGAGGAGACGGUGAUCAGGUGACCCUAAUGGGUUUCAGCGCUGGCGCUGGGAGUGUAAACUUUCAUUUGCUCUCCAGGUUGAGCCGAGGUCUUUUCAGUCAAGCAAUAAUGCAGAGUGGUAACGUUUUCUCUCCGUGGGCAUUCAAGAAUGUUACACCAGAAGAGGAUCGUAAAAAAGCAGAGCAACUUGGCCUUUCAAUGGGAUGCCCAACGACUUCUAUACCUGAUAUGAUUGAAUGCUUAAGAACGACAAAAGCCACUAUUCUCACGACGACAGCAAACACGAUCUAUAACAGCGAAUAUCCAAUCCACGUGGACGGUCUCUUCCUAGAGGACACGCCAUCAAAUCUAUAUAGGUUGGGCGAAUUUAAAGUGUGUCCUCUUCUCGCAGGAUAUAGUAGAGAUGAAGGCACUACCACUCUUCGCUCCUUCUACCGGGAACAUCUGCACCAACGAUACCGUCCUCAAACCAACCUGAAGACUGCACAAGAUCACGUGAUAUCUAUGAUGGCUCUGAUUGGUUACAAUGGAACUAUUCUACGUGACGCAGCUUUAGAGCUGUACACGGAUUGGUCCAAAGCUGCUGAUGGAGAUUUCACUCGGACCUACAUUGAUGUCUACACUGAUGUGUUCUAUGCAUGCACCACGGACAGGGUCAUUCGAGCUCACUCAUCGGAGAGGUCUAAAAUCUUCAAGUACAUAUUCACCCAUGAACCAACAGUGAGUAAGCCAAUCUUACAUCACGGCAUAGCAGAUGUGUCCAUGACCCUUCCGACUCCCUGGUUAAACGCGACUCAUGGGGCAGAUACAAUGUACGUCUUCGGAAGGCAUUUCAUGAAGGAGUUUCAAAAUCCUUUAUUCAACUACACAGAAGAGAACAAGGCCCUUUCUGUCCAGAUAAUGAAAUAUUGGACUAACUUUGCAAAGUCAAGUGAUCCUAACAAGUCGAGUAGAGAUGAUCUGAUAGAUGAUGAAAUUGAACCUUGGUUUCCAUUCACAACGGAUGGCUUAAUACACAAAGAACUAUCUCCUACUCUUAGAAAUGGCAGGGCAGCAAGGGCCAAGGAAUGCCACUUCUUAAACGUCUACAUGCCGCAGUUGAAAUCAGCAACGAAAUCUAUAACGGAGGACGAACAGCAAUGGAAGCAGGAUUAUAAAUCGUGGCAAGAGUAUUUCAUCUCUUGGAGGGACCGAUUUGAACAUCUCAAUGAAUAACUUUUAUGUGAUCCAUUUCUGGACGGUAUACACCAGCUUUCACCAAUCGAAUGAAUAAUAUUUUUAUAUAUUUUUAUAGGCUGAGUAAACCAUAUUAUUUGGUAAAUUAACUGAAUGAAGCGAGCAAAACAGCGAACAUUAUUUUCAUUAAGAUCAAAUUUAGAUAUGAAAGAAAUUGAUGUCAUUUUAUUGUUUUUGUUCAUUUUCCAGCGGAGCGUUUUAUGAAAGGACUUUUCGGACGUUUUAUCAACAAAAACGUCAAAUUUUCUAGGCCCCCAAGUCUCGUUUUAUCCGAUAGUUACCAGUAAACAUGCUUCUCAGCCAAUCAAAAUAAAAAAAAGUUGUCAGAUGUCGGACGAAAAUGUUGAUGAAACACUCCCCAGGAUUUCACAAACAGUAAAAUGCGUAACAUUUGAGACAGGAAAUUCACUGAACUUCUAGUGAGUAUGAAAUGUUUCAAUUUUCGUAUAUAAAUUUAUCGGAUAAUAAAAUAAAAAGUGGAGCGCCUCUGGCAGUCUCACCUGCAUCGCGCGAUUCAAUAUAGCAGCAGUGCUGAUUUUGAAAACUACUAUAAAAUAAUUAUUCACAAAAAACACCAUUCAUAAUAAUGAUACAAUACUACGUUCAUUGACAAUUAAAGUCAUUUGGCCUUGAUCAUACGACCUAAGACUUGUCACUUUGUCAGUGAUACUUGAUUACCCCUAUAUCCACAUUUUUAAAACUAUAUCUAUAAACUUUGAAAGUUAUGACAAUCUAAUAAUUACCUCCAAAAUGGCCAAAGUUCGUUGACCAUAAAUGGCCUUUGACCUUGAUCAUGUGACCUGAAACUCGCACAGGAUGUUCAAUGAUACUUGAUUACU